GAAGUUUUUCUUGUGACCCUUGAGUACCUCGGGAGCAUCUUGGGAGAGCUGCAUCCUUGAAAUCAUUGUAUCCAAGUCCUAGUUUCGACCAAGUUAAAAGUUGGAGAGCAUUCAGCCAAGGUCCGAAGACAGACUGACGACUGCUGUGCCAAACUCUACGCAUCUGGACUGAUCGGAGUUGUACUCUAGAGGACACCAGGGCCUGAAGUAAGGACAGUGGCCCACGAUGGCAAACUUGACCGCCAAAUAUGCCCCUCCCUUUCGAGCGGAACACAUGGGGUCCCUCCUCCGUCCCCAGGCUCUGUUGGACGUGCGUUCGCAGAUCCGCGAUGGAGAAGCAGCCCCGGCUGCGCUGACGGAGGUUGAGAAGCAGUCUGUGGGUGAGGUCGUGCAAGCUCAACUGUCGCUGGGUUUGCGGGCGGUGGGAAGCGGCGAGUUCAAUCGCACCCGGUUCUGGGGCCUGUUUUGGGACGAGCUCGAGGGAACUGUGCGUCUACAGGACGCCGAUGCCAGCAUGUUCCGUCUCUACCAUCCGGACGUGGUGAGCCUGAUCGAGAAAGAUCGCAAGGUGAUGCCCGGAGACAGUGUCAUCGCUGGGUCCAAAGUGCACAAUGCUGGCACGGCGAGCAACUUGCACGAAUUGCGCCUGGUGCAACAGUUUGUGCCCAAGGAAAGGUGGGGGGACAUCAAGUUGACAAUGAUCACGCCAGCGUGGUUCCACAUGAGAUAUAAACAAGGACGGGCAUACACCGCCGAGGCCUACUCCAACGACAGCGAGUAUUUCCGGGAUGUUGCUCUGGCAUAUGCAAAGGAACUAAAGGACCUAUACGCGGCGGGACUCCGAAAUGUCCAGUUUGACGACCCAGGACUUGCUUAUUUCUGCUCCAGUUCAUUCCGUGAUGGCUGGGCAGCAGACCCCGACAACAUUGGCACGGUGGACGAGCUGCUCGAUGCCUACAUCAAAUUGUACAACGAUUGCCUCGUUGAUCGGCCAAACGACCUACACGUUGGAGUGCAUCUCUGCCGAGGAAACUUUAUCGGAGGACGGCAUUUCGCCGAAGGAGCAUACGACAUCAUCGCUAGCAAGCUCUUUCAAAAUCUUGAUGUCGAUACGUUCUACCUGGAAUACGACACGGAGCGAGCGGGUGGAUUUGAACCAUUGAAGUACUUGCCCAAGAACAAGAAUGUGAUCAUCGGGGCCAUCAGCACCAAACUGCGACAGCUAGAGAACAAGGACGAGGUCAAGGCGCGUGUGUUGAAGGCAGCCGACUUUGUCGCUGAAGGAUCGGGACAAACGAGAGAGGAGGCACUCAAAAGAAUUGGGUUGAGCCCUCAGUGCGGGUUCAGCACGCAUGAGAGUGGUUAUCCUUUGACAUUGGAGGAUGAGACAGCCAAACUGCGUCUGGUUCGGGAGAUUGCAGAUGAUAUCUGGGGCGAGCCAUGAGAAAUGAAGGAGACCGACGAGAUGUCAAGACUUCUCGUGUUCUGGGGUUGUUCGAUGAUGGCAGCUAUAGCGUGGUUUGCCAGAAAGAGAGAUAGAAUCAAAAGUUUGAGAUAUGAUCAAGUAGAGGUGC